GCGCGGUGGCAAAGCACGGAAUGAUCCAUGUGGAGUGAGAGGCAAAUUCUUGUAAAACAGAAACCUGUUCUUUGUCAGGACCAGCCAACCAGUCAGUGCCCCCAGAAGAAAAAAGCAGGCUACUCUUGUGCUUUUUGGAGUAGCAUCCGAUCCUCUCUGCCUUCCUCGACACAGCACUACUAGUGAACGUGCCAGAAGAAAUGCCAGACUCAACAGAGGAGCUCACCAACAAGCCCUUCGCGGCCCAGUUGUCCAAUGUUUACCUCAGCAUCUUGGCACUGUUCUGCUUCAAGCUCUUUGUGAAGAUCUCCCUCAACUUGCUGACAUACUUCUACAUUGUCCGCGGGAACCGCAAAGAAGCGGCCAGGAUAUCAGCAGAGUUCUAUGAUUAUGGCCAGAAACACGGAUCCUGGGCCGACCGCUCACCGCUCCACGAUGCUGCGAGUCAAGGCCGUCUACUGGCCCUGAGGACCCUCAUUUUACAGGGUCACAAUGUGAAUGUUCUGACUAUAGACCAUGUGACGCCCCUUCAUGAGGCCUGUCUCGGAGACCAUGUCGCUUGUGCCAGAGCUCUCAUUGAUGCAGGAGCAAAUGUCAAUGCUUCUACGAUUGAUGGUGUCACCCCUCUGUUCAACGCCUGCACAGUGGGUAGUGUGGCAUGCGCGGAGAUCCUUUUGGAAAACGGAGCGAAACCCCAGAGCCUUGUUUACCAUCCAUCACCCAUCCACGAAGCUACCAGCAAAGGUCAUUACGGCUGUGUGGAGGCUCUGGUGACUUGGGGGGCAGAUGUGGACAUGGAAAUUCCUCACCUGGGCACCGCGCUCUAUACGGCCUGCGUCUGCCAAGAGCUGGAAUGUGCCAGGAAACUCCUGAGGGAAGGUGCAAAUGUCCAGAAAGGCAGAUCCCUGGAUUCGCCUCUACAUGCAGCUGCGGAGAAAGACUGCACAGCCGUGGUGAAGCUGCUGCUGGACUUUGGUGCGGACAUCAACGCCAGGAACACAGAGUUUCAAAGGCCAGUCGACGUGGCUCCACCCAGCAGUCUAACGGAGGGUUUCCUGCUGCUCUACGAAGCUACACCACGACUCCUGAGCCAGGUGUGUCGCCAGUGCAUCAGGAAAUGUGUCGGCCGUGAUCGACUCCACCUCAUCUCCCACCUCCCCCUGCCCAACAGGCUCAGGAACUUCCUGCAGUACCAAUGACAGGCAGGAAAACAACAUUUUCUGCCUCGAUGGGACUUUAAAAAAAAGAAAAGAAAAACAAUGCCUUUGACACAGAACCAGCACUUCAACCCACGUGAACUCCUCCAACCUUUUAUUUUAGCUGCUCCUCGGUGCAGUGCAGUGCAAUAGACUGUAAAAAAAGGAUGAUCAUAGUCUUCUGGUUGCAAAACAAACACGUAACAUUUGCUAUUUGACCGGCACCAAAACUGACAUCAUGUUCUAUUGAAGAAGACCUGAAACAGGUCACAGAGACAAAGAGUUAAUUCCUCAGGAACACGUUUACUGAUAUUAUAGACGUGGAGUUCUUUUUCACAACCAGCAGCGUUGCCCCCUAGUGGCUAACUGCUCCUUGCAUCCUACUUCCGAGGGCUUCACGUUUCAAAACCGGAAGGCUGCAUCUAUUUUUACAUACAGUCUAUGUGCACCAAGUCGCUGACAGCACCAACGCAUAUUAAUACACACACAGUUGUACUUGCUAUACACAGAUUUGCAGUGUUUAGAAGAUACAGGUAAGAGUGAAGCACUUUGAAAAAAAAAUACUCUAUAGCCUAUACUGAUUUAUAAUGAAUGAAUCCUAUGUUUUGCAUUGCACACAAGUGAAUGAUUAAAGUUGUUUUUAAAUUGCGCGCCGCGUUUCUGAUGUUUUAAAAACAAAAGAAGGAACUCUCAUAUACCACAUGCCUAUAUUGAUCUAUUUACUUUCAUAUUAUCUUAGUUUCUACCACUUUACAUAAAAAUAUUUGAUUAAAUACAAUGAGGUUGUAUUAUUUGAUUAAAUUAGAAAUGUUCUAUAUCAUCAAACAUGACCGUCCACUGACUGUACACUGCUGCAUAUGACGCCUACAUGCGUGUAAAAUGGAGCUACUGCAUUACUAGAUUCUGACAUGCUGCAUGCACACUGCAUCCUCUAGGGGGCAGCAAACUGCCACUGCUGUGUUUGUGCUCCCACAGGAGCCAGGAAUAAAAAAAUGACUUGUUCCUAUGGAAAUAUAAUGUGAGACAAAGAAGGGCAGCAGUGCACCACUCACGCGCAAGCUGUGACAAGAUAAUUCAUUAAUGUUUUCAUACAUGUGUGUCUAUUAUUGUUAUUAUUAACACCGACAUACUUUAUAGACAGAGGAGGGACAGCAUUUUAGAUCCAAAAAUGGAGAAUUAUUUAUACCUAAUGUGACAUUUUUUUCAACCACAUUUAUUUAAGAUGAUCUGAAACGGUCAGUUGUCAUUUUGAAUCAAAUCAUUACAAGAACUCUUUAUUGUCCCACAUAAUAAACUGACUUAGUCAUC